GAUAAAUUUAAGCUAAAAAAUAUGAAUUAAAAAUAAUUAAAUAGCAAAGCAGGAAAAUGAACGAAUAUAAGAAUAUUUAAAAAAUUCAAACGAAUAUUUACAACUGAUCUGAUUAUAAAUCGUUCGUAAUAUUUAUGGAAAACUUUUUGCAUGCGUAAAUAUAUAAACUGAAGUUUGAGAAUAAAUGAAGACUUUUAAGAUAGUUUAAGAGCAAUAACUAGUUUCACAAUUCAUUGAUCAGUUUUGCAUUGCCAGUGAUUGGUACGAUGACACAGUUUAAGAAAUGUUCUCGUCCUGAAUUGCUGUUCUUGGAGUUCGACAUCGAUGACUUGAAAGGUCCAAACCUGCCUACUAAUGGCGAUAUGCUUCGUUAUUACUUUAACCGUCGUCAUGCUUUACCAACAAAAUCAAAUCGAUCGGUCGUUCGUAUGACAUUGUCUAAAUGUUUUAAGAUUUGGAAUGACAACGAAAUACCAACAACUACUGAGAGUAAUGGAAUCAAGUAUUUGGAACAAAUACUGUUGAAAUUCAAUCGCAUGAAGAACGAGUACAAAAAUGCAAGUAAAACACAACGACAAAGAAAAAUCAACAUGUGGCGACACAAGUACGAACUGUUAUUUUCUAUUGCUACGAGGGAUGCCCAUGAAAAGUGUAGUGCUGAGAAUCGUGAGAAAUUAUUGAUUGCCAAAAAGGAGAUCAAAGAGUUUAAUACCGCUGUGAAGAGCAACGCAUUCAUCAGAACAACAAAGCCGAUGAAUAAAUCAUCGAAGGAAGUGAUGCUAUUAAAGGAUGCCAAGUUUAACAACUGUUUGAUGAACCACGAUAAAACGGGAAAUAACUCUAAUCCAGUGUCUUCAGGCACUAAAGUUAAACACAAACCUAAAACAUUCAGACAGUUGAACAACGACGCGGUAAUGAGUUCCCCAAAUCAAAUAUUACGUGAACAAUUGAAGCAGCAAGGCUGGGUAUAUAUAAAAAAAAAACCAACGUGGAAGCUUGCUGUUGUGGCACCACCUUCUAACCUGCUUAUUUAGAUGAUACUUUAUAUAAGUCAUUCUUAAUUGUCAAUCUUAAUCUUUAUAUAAGUCAUUCUUAUUUUUUAUUGCUGUAUAAUUCUGCUUUUUAAUUAUUUUGA